CCCUUCGCCGCCUCUCUACUAUCUCCCUGGCUUCUUCUUCCUUCAUUCUCUUCUAUUGCCUCUUCUCCUCUGUCUCUGCGCUCAAUCUGCAUCGUUAGCCCUUCUACUCAAUCUUCAUAUAUCAGCAUUCCAUGAAGCUUCCUUUGUCUGGUUUCUUCUCCUAAAAUAUAAGUUCAUGUAUGGUAACUCCAACACUAUAAAAGUCUCGGGUUCCGAAGAACAAAGCCCUUCUGUUCCACAAAAAGCUUUUUCUUGAAAUCACUGUCUUUCUGCACUUCCAGAAAGAUUUCUGUUAUGGCAAUCAAGAAUAGGCCAUUCCGCGGCAUUGUCCAUGAUGUCAAAGGAAGAGCUGCAUGCUAUAAACAAGAUUGGACUGGCGCAUUCUGUUCUGGCGUCAAGAUAUUGGCUCCAACUUUCUACAUGUUCUUCGCUUCUGCUCUCCCUGUCAUUGCCUUUGGAGAACAACUUAAUAAGGAUACAGACGGAAGCUUGAGCACAGUGGAAACAUUAGCAUCAACUGCCAUUUGCGGAAUUAUCCACUCCAUAUUUGGUGGGCAGCCUUUGUUGAUCUUGGGGGUUGCUGAACCCACUAUUAUAAUGUAUGGUUAUCUGUACCAGUUUUGCAAGAAGAGGCCAGAGCUGGGUGCUAAUUUGUUUCUGGGUUGGGCUGGUUGGGUCUGUGUCUGGACUGGACUCAUGUUGAUUCUGCUUGCAAUUUUCAAUGCUUGCGCGGUUAUCACUAGGUUUACUAGAAUCGCCGGGGAAUUAUUUGGCAUGUUAAUUACUGUCCUAUUCUUUCAACAAGCUAUAAGGGGACUAAUAGGAGAGUUUGGUGUUCCCAAGGAUGUAGAUCCGUCUGCGCAGGAAUUUCAAUUCCAAUGGCUGUAUACAAAUGGAUUGCUUGCCAUCAUUUUUGCUUUUGGGUUACUUUUCACUGCCAUAAAAAGUAGAAGGGCAAGGUCAUGGCGAUAUGGAACGGGAUGGCUACGAGGUCUCGUCGCAGAUUAUGGAGUUCCAUUGAUGGUUGUGCUGUGGACUCUGUUAUCUUAUCUUGUACCAAACAAAUUGCCAGAUGGAGUUCCUAGAAGGCUGUAUUGUCCCCUUCCUUGGGAUUCUAUGUCUCUAUACCACUGGACAGUGGUGAAGGAUAUGGUGAAGGUGCCUGUGGUUUAUAUUUUUGCUGCAAUUGUUCCAGCUGUGAUGAUAGCAGGAUUAUACUUCUUUGAUCAUAGUGUAGCCUCCCAGAUGUCUCAACAGAAGGAGUUCAACCUUCAAAAGCCAUCAGCCUACCACUACGAUAUGUUCUUGCUUGGAAUUUUGACUCUUAUGUGUGGUCUUCUUGGGCUUCCUCCAUCAAAUGGAGUCCUUCCUCAGUCGCCAAUGCAUACAAAAAGUCUGGCGGUUCUUAAGAGGCAGUUGAUCCGAAAGAAAGUGGUACAGAGCGCCAAAGAAUGCAUUAAGUACCAAAGGAGCAACUCUGAGUUGGUUGGAAAGAUGCAGGCAGUGUUCAUAGAAAUGGACACAGCCCCUACAGAUAAGGAGUUAGAGACUUUAAAGGAGGCUGUGACGAAACAUGAGGACAUGGAUGAUGAAAAAGACAAAUUUGACCCUGAGGUACACAUAGAUGCCUAUUUGCCAGUUAGAGUAAACGAGCAAAGAAUGAGCAAUACCUUGCAGUCAUUCCUUGUGGGAGCAUCAAUUUUUGGCAUCCCCGUCAUCAAAAGGAUUCCGACCUCUGUUCUUUGGGGAUAUUUUGCUUACAUGGCCAUUGAUAGUCUUCCAGGGAAUCAAUUCUGGGAAAGGAUUCUGCUUCUCUUCAUCACUCCAAGCAGGAGAUACAAAAUCUUGGCAGGUUCUCAUGCUUCAUUCGUGGAGUCAGUUCCCUUCAAGAGCAUAGCUGCAUUCACCGUUCUGCAGCUUGUUUAUUUGGUGGUGUGCUGGGGAGCGACAUGGAUCCCUAUAGGUGGAAUAUUGUUUCCACUACCUUUCUUCCUUCUCAUAUGCAUAAGAGAGCAUCUGCUUCCCAGGUUAUUCGAUCCCAGCCAUCUUCAGGAGCUAGAUGCUUCUGAGUACGAAGAAAUUGCUGGUGAUCCACUUGUUUCCCGGAAUUUAUCACUUGUGGACAAGGUUUCGGCUGAUGCUAAUGGUGAUAAAGAUUCCGAAGAUUUCUAUGACGCUGAGAUGUUGGAUGAGAUGACAACCAGCAGGGGAGAGGUGAAACUCAGAACUGUAAGCUUCAAUGGUAGAAACCACAGCUUCAACGAUAGAAACCACAGCUUCAACGAUAGAAACCUCAGCUUCAACAGUAGAAAUCAAAGCUUCAACGACAGAAACCUUAGCUUCAACGGCAGAAACCAGAGCUUCACCGGUAAAAACCUCAGCUUCAAUGGUAGAAGCCAGAGCCUCAACGAGGACAGACAUUAUUAGGUAUAAAGUUCUGCAGGAAGUUCGUCGGGGUUUUGAUAUAAGAAUAGCAUGAUGCUGCUAGGGAGAGCAAUACUCAAGAUUCUUGUGUAGCCAACCAAAGUUGAAGAGAGUCUUCUCUGGAAAAUGAAAGGAGAAAGCAAACAAAGGAGCUACAUCGAAAGAGAGAGGAAACGCAGAAAGGGUGAAAAAAUUCGAAGUCUCGGAUGAACUUUUGAGAUCAAGAUGUUAUUGCUUUGCUAGCUGGCCGCAAAAUUGAGAAAGGGGGUUCGGUAGAGAUUUCGGCUUUUGGCGAGUUAGGCCUAUCUGCGAUAUUAGGCAUUAGGCCUAGGCCUUAGUCCCCUCACGUUGAGGCCGAAGCAUUUGAAUGAGUUCAUUGAACAUGGCAGCGAUUGAGUUCGACUGAUAACAUCGAAUUUUUUUUAUUCUUUGCAUAUUGUAUUAUAUUAGUUAUUUAUCCUCCUUCAUUCUAUUA